GUCUGCCCAUCAUCACCCCUCCCUUCUAGAGAUCUGGUAGAAAACACAUGCCUAUCUGGUUGAUGCAAAAGGUUUGUCUGCCCACUGGGUGGAGGAGAAAUGGUUGACCCUCCCCUUUACACUUAAGCAUUUGAUGCCAGCAGAUGUCAUAGACCACAUCCUAACAGACGCGGCUGGUGUACUGACCUUUUUAUUUUAUUUUGUCUUCUUUAAUCUCAACAACUUUUGCCGAAGCAAGUUAACUUAAACUUUUCUUUCUUUCCUCUUGCUUUUAUGCUUUGUCAUUCAGUCCUAAAUUCCCUGGACUCCCUUAUCUUUCACCCUUCCUCUCCUAGUUAUGAAUUACUACCUGAUGUGCAGCAACAGUCAUGGAGAAGGGGUUUUGUCUCGGUACCAGAGUUUGCGUCUUGACGGUCGAAUGUGUGAUGUUGUUUUGAAGGCAGAAGGUGUGGAGUUCCCUGCUCAUCGCACUUUGUUAGCAUGUUCCAGCGACUACUUCUGGUCUAUGUUUCAGGACUACACUCUGAAAUCCGCUGCCCGUAUUAUCAGCUUGCCAGUCUUGUCAUCUCUGGGCCUGGAGCAGAUACUGGACUUCAUCUAUACCUCAUGGAUCUCACUGUCACUCACCACUUUGGAGGUCACACUACAGGCCGCCUGCUAUCUACAGAUCACCCAUGCCGUGGAUCUUUGCACUCGGUACAUCUCUGAAAGCAUUGCUCCGGACAACUGCUGUUUUUUUGCGAACAUAGCAGCUCGCUAUGGCCUUUCUGAAGCAUUCGAUGACUGCAACUCUUUUAUUGGCAGUAACAUGUGCAGAAUACUUACAUCUGAGGAAUACAAGGCUGAGCUAAUGGUGUUAAACAUAGAUUCUCUGCAAGAGGUUCUCGUAGCUGAGGAGAUGCCGGGAGUGAAGGAGAUAGACCUUCUACAGCUGGUUUUGGACUGGCUAGAGUGCAACCCACAAUCUGCCUUACAAAGUAAUGCAUUGCUCAGUCGGAUCCGAUUUGGUUUGAUUCCACCUAAAGAGCUGUCUCAACUCACUGCACUUAAACAUGCUCUACGGACACCCUUCCUCCACAGUGUAGUGGAGAAAGCACUUAACUACCACCUUCAGGUUCCCCUACAGCCUCUACUACAAAGUGUCCACACCAGCUUGAGAGCCACAAAGAGCAAGAUUCUUCUGGUGGGAGGAGGACAAGAGGAAAACAGGCCCAAGAAUCAGAUACUAACCUACGAACCUCGCAGUAAGAAAUUCCAGCCGCUAUCAACAGCCCUGCCAAAUAAGCUACAGCACCAGGGACUAUGUGUUGUUGGGAACUUCCUAUUCAUACUAGGUGGUGAGGUGGUGCAUGUGGAUGAGGAGAACGAGAAGAGUGCUAUGAUGACUGUUACUGACCAGGUGUGGCGCUAUGACCCACGGUUUGGGCAGUGGGAGGAGAUGGAGCCACUCUUGCAGAAGAGGGCACAGUUUGCCUGCUGUGUGGUGGAAGGUGUUAUAUUUGCUAUCGGUGGACGGGGCCAGAGGGGUGAGCCUUCUUUGUCAUCUGUGGAAAGGUACAAUAUGAGGGAAGGGUGCUGGCACAGUGGUGUAUCCCUACCAUAUUCAGUUCAUGGACAUGCCUGUGCCACUAUUGGAACAGGAAUUUACAUCUCAGGUGGCAUCCACGUCAACAACCUAGAGAGUAGCAAAGAAGUACUGUUUCUGAAUGCAGUUAAAGGGUAUGCCUGGCAGAGACGUUCUAACAUGUCCAUUGCCAGAUUUGGCCACCAGAUGGCAACAGCGAGAGGAAGAAUUUACACCUUUUUGGGAAUGUAUGAGCCCUUCUGUGACAUUGAACGCUACAGUCCUGAGCAAAACCUGUGGACCCGUCUAAAGCCACAACUGAAUGACCGCUUCUGCUAUGGUUUGACCGCAACAGGGGAAAGACGUGUACUUUUGUUUGGAGGCAGAAAAUGGCAGGAAGGACAUGAGGUGUGUACAACAAAUGUGCUGGAGUACGAUACGGAAUAUGAUGCUUGGAGAGAAGUGUGUAAACUACCAGGACCCUUGUGUGGGAUUCAGUGUGCGAUAAUGACUCUUCAAGACCCUCCAGAGACCUAAAAGUCAAUUACAAACACCAUCCCACAUACACACAGACAAACAGAUGGCUAUCAUGGGGCAAAGAGAGCUGAAGGACAGGGGUUAUCUUUUUGUCAUGGAUCUAUGGAUUGUAAUGUGGCAGGGAAAACAGGGUUUCUAUUUACCUAGAUACUGUAUAGAAGACCUUGGUGGGGGUAUAUUGCUGUUAAGUGUGUUUUCCAGCAAGUAGUAAGGAGCUCCUUAACUAGGUCACUAUGAAUAGGGUAGAGAAGGUCAUGACAUUGAUACAUGACUUGUCAUAAAGAAGUUGUCCUGAGAAAUAGCAUAGAUCCUCUAAGGACACCAGAGAAAGGACAGGAUGGAAAGGAUGGAAUUGCAUAUUGAAAGGUGUAAAGAAAGGACAGACAACCAAAUGGAAAAGUAAUCAAGAUAAGGACAAAUUUGGACAAGAUUUGACUAUUUGGCACUGCCUGAAGAUCAAUGGUGACAAUUAUAAUGUCUUAUGACAGAGAGACAGCUGCCAUGAUUGUUGGAUAGACUGUGAAAGGAGGCAACACUCACAGACGCUGAGCGAGAAAGCCAAAUUAGACCACUGAUUUGGAAGGGUACAUGGGAAGUCAAAGUGGGCAAGUACAAGUAUCAAUAUCAUUGAGUGUUUGUGGGAUGCACAUGAGCCAAAGGCGGGAGGAUGAGGAGAUUUUUAGUGAGCAGUGAAAACAAAAUUGCAUAGUCACACAUAUAUCUGACAACUCAUGCCAUGCAUGGAAAUCAAGAUUACUCAUCACAGAUAAUAUAGUGUCACUAGAAUACCAAUAUGAAUUAAAGUGUACUGCAAAUACAGUAGUUGAGCCGAAAUCUUUUAAAACAGUGUGAUACACGUCAGUAGCAGUAACUUGGCUGGCAUGUAUUUCAUAAUAUAUUUCAGAAUAUAUAAUUUUAGAUGUAGUAGUAACCAUUUCUGGUUUAUAUAAAAACAAAUAACCUUUAGUUUGUAAAAUUAAUAUUGUUGACGUAAUCCUACAAAUGAAUCAAUGCUAAUG